AUGUCAGACUCUAGCAACGAAGUGCUGGUCAACGUGUUUGGCACUUUGGGCGCGGUGAGCAGUGCCAGGCAUCACCUCGUCCAUAGACCCGACCACACAUAGACAUCGCUCGCCAUUCUUUCAUUACAGGUCCUUUGGUCUGUUCAGCUCCUGCCUCAAAUGUGAGCAAGGCGCGCUUGGAAGGAAUUUACCGAAAUUUGUAUGGACUCGUCAUCUGAUGUAUGGACUCGUCAUCUGAUCGCUUGACUUCGAAUUUGGGCAGCUACCUCAAUCAUCGCCGGCGUCAAGCGCAGGGAGUCCAGCCAUCCUUCAUGAUGCUAUGGGCCGUCAGCGGGCUCGCGCUUGGCGUGCACAAUGUGCUGGCCAACGUCAACAGUGCGUGUACGUCGAAUGCUGAACGCAAUGAGUGCUGACCGCUCGAAAUCUUCGUACAGUUGCAUUACAGGUCCAAGCUCAAAUUCUUACCGCACUUUCCCUAAGUGUGUUGGCAGUCGAGGCUGGGUCAGAUGAAAGGCUGCCCACCGUUUAUCGCCCUGUUCGCCCAUUCUUCGCAGUUACCUGGGCGCAGAUCAUGUACUUUGAACACGUGAGGCAAUAUAUUCCACUACGCUUGCAAAGGCCUUCUCCUUAACUGACAUGUAGAUGAUGCCGGAACUCGUAGGAAUGGAGCAAGCUUCGCACAUGUCUCACUACCGCCAGUCUUGCAUUCGCCUUUGCCGGAGUCGAAGCAGCGCUCAUUGCAGGAUUGAGGGUCAGUUCUGAUCACCCGGAUGCAAUGCCCCACUCUCACACAAACUUCAUUCGCCUUCCGCCUGACAGUAUGGCCUGACGCAGGGACCUCCUCGCUGGUUCCUCACCUUUAUGGCCGUCCUCGCAGCAGUCGGUCUAGCGCUCGGCGUCCUGCGAGAAUAUGUGGACAUUCUCCGCACGCAGUCGACCCAAGAUCUAAGUCUCAUCUUCGUCUACCUAGAUGCGGGGGGAGAUUUGACGAGCUUGAUCAGCGGUGCGUAGGCACGUCGAGAGCAUGCGCAGUGUGCGAGGCUCAUUCCCGCUUGAUCCUUCAGUUGCGCUAGCAUCGCCCCUUUCCAUCGAGUCCAUUGUGAUUUACGCAUCGGAGCUCUUGCUGUGGAUAGGCAUUAUGGUCUUGGCAGUGUGGUUCGGGCCUAUGAAGAGGUGGAGACAUUGGAAGGCAACUAAAGCUCCCGCUAUCAGCAUCGAACAGCAUGUAGAAGAUGUGGAGACCACACAAGCAGCAGAAGUGACGUGA